GCGGGGCGGAGGCUGUACAUGGCAGGAUGCAGUGUAGCCGCCAGGGCGGAGAUGCCGCUGCUGUUGCUAGACGACGCGAACUAGCCUUCGUCACUUCCUCAGCCCGCGGUCUACCCUCCUGUCCAGGCCGGAACUCCGGCGCCCAGAGCCAAGGUGGGCACAGAGUCGCCCUCAGGGUUCCAGGACUGCGGCCGGCGGGCAGCUGGAGUCGAGGCCACGCCACCUGCAGGGAAGACCCCGAGCCGAGGCGGGAAGAUGGCUGCAGACAAGCCUGCAGGUUGAGUGGCCUCUCAGUGACUGAUGAGCCAGCAGUCUCACACCCUGAGUUAUAUUUCAACCAAAUUGUAAAGGGAGGAGUGUCCAAGGAUAGAUGGGGCGUCAACCAAAGCCAGAGAUUGAAGGGCAUGGAAGGUUCACAAGAUCAGGGAGCCGAGAAGCAUGAAGGGACAGGUCAGUCCUCUGGGAUCACUGAUCAAGAGAAGGAGCUGUCCACCAAUGCUUUCCAAGCUUUCACGGCUGGAAAUUAUGAUGCCUGUCUUCAACACCUUGCCUGCCUACAAGAUAUAAACAAAGAUGAUUAUAAAAUAAUUUUAAAUACAGCGGUAGCUGAGUUUUUUAAAAGUAACCAAACAACAACAGAUAGUUUGAGACAAACACUUAACCAGCUGAAGAAUCAGGUCCACUCAGCUGUUGAAGAAAUGGAUGGAUUAGAUGAUGUUGAAAACAGCAUGUUGUAUUACAAUCAAGCAGUCAUUCUUUAUCAUUUGCGGCAGUAUACAGAAGCCAUAUCAGUUGGUGAAAAACUUUAUCAGUUUAUAGAACCUUUUGAAGAAAAAUUUGCCCAAGCAGUGUGUUUUCUACUUGUAGACCUGUAUAUAUUAACUUACCAAGCUGAGAAAGCUUUGCAUCUUCUUGCUGUCCUAGAAAAAAUGAUUUCACAGGGUAACAAUAACAAAAAUGGAAAGAACGAGACUGGUAAUAACACCAACAAAGACAGUUCUAACCAUAAAGCUGAAAGUGGAGCUCUAAUAGAAGCUGCAAAAUCAAAGAUACAUCAGUAUAAAGUAAGAGCGUAUAUCCAAAUGAAGUCUCUGAAAGCGUGCAAAAGGGAGAUCAAGUCCGUCAUGAACACAGCUGGAAAUUCUGCACCCUCUCUGUUUCUUAAAAGCAAUUUUGAGUACUUAAGAGGCAAUUAUCGAAAAGCUGUGAAGCUAUUAAAUAGUUCAAACAUUGCUGAACAUCCAGGAUUCUUGAAAACAGGUGAAUGCUUGCGAUGUAUGUUCUGGAAUAAUCUUGGUUGUAUCCAUUUUGCCAUGAGCAAGCACAAUUUGGGAAUUUUCUACUUUAAAAAAGCUCUACAGGAGAAUGACAAUGUCUGUGCACAGCUCAGUGCAGGCAGCACUGAUCCAGGCAAAAAAUUUUCAGGACGACCCAUGUGUACAUUGCUGACCAACAAGAGGUAUGAGUUGCUGUAUAACUGUGGAAUUCAGCUUCUCCACAUCGGAAGACCUCUUGCUGCCUUCGAGUGCCUGAUCGAAGCUGUUCAGGUCUAUCACGCCAAUCCCCGCCUCUGGCUGCGGCUGGCUGAAUGCUGCAUCGCUGCCAAUAAGGGGACUUCUGAACAAGAAACUAAAGGUCUUCCCAGUAAAAAAGGAAUUGUACAGUCUAUUGUUGGUCAAGGCUAUCAUCGUAAGAUCGUUCUGGCCUCACAGUCCAUACAGAACACCGUGUAUAAUGAUGGACAGUCUUCAGCCAUUCCUGUAGCCAGUAUGGAGUUUGCAGCCAUUUGUCUCAGAAAUGCCUUGUUGCUGUUACCUGAAGAACAGCAGGAUCUGAAGCAGGAAAAUGGGUCUAAAAACAGUAAUCAAUUAGGUGGGAACACCGAGAGCAGCGAAAGCAGUGAAACUUGCAGCAGUAAAAGUCAUGAAGGAGAUAAAUUCAUUCCAGCUCCACCUUCUUCUCCAUUAAGAAAACAGGAAUUAGAAAACUUAAAAUGCUCCAUCCUGGCCUGUAGUGCAUACGUGGCUCUGGCUUUGGGUGAUAACCUUAUGGCUUUGAAUCACGCAGAUAAACUUCUUCAGCAGCCCAAGCUGUCAGGAUCUCUUAAGUUUUUGGGUCAUUUAUAUGCUGCAGAAGCCCUCAUCUCUCUGGACAGAAUAUCUGAUGCCAUUACUCACUUGAACCCGGAGAAUGUCACUGAUGUCUCCUUAGGGAUCUCUUCAAAUGAGCAGGACCAAGGAUCAGACAAAGGAGAAAAUGAAGCAAUGGAAUCCUCUGGGAAGCGGGCCCCUCAGUGCUACCCCAGUUCCGUCAACUCUGCCAGGACCGUGAUGCUGUUUAACCUUGGCAGCGCCUACUGCCUGAGGAGCGAGUACGACAAAGCCCGCAAGUGUCUGCACCAGGUGAGGCAGAGAGGGCUGUGCAGGCUUCUUGUAAAGCAGCCAGCAAAGGCGGCUUCAAUGAUCCAUCCUAAAGAGAUACCCCCUGAAGCCAUCCUACUGGCAGUCUAUCUUGAACUGCAGAAUGGUAAUACCCAGCUGGCCUUACAGAUCAUCAAAAGGAAUCAGCUGCUCCCUACAGUGAAAACACUCUCUGAAAUGAGAAAGAAGCCAGUGUUCCAGCCCGUCCACCCGAUCCAGCCCAUCCAAAUGCCAGCGUUCACUGUACAGAGAAAGUGAUAUUUUGCUCUUGGAAAACUGUUACCUGAGACCCAGGGGAGUACUUAUGGGCCUUUUUAGUUGUAUCACAGCAAAAUGAAUAAAAGACAGAUGGUGAAGGGUGCUAGUUUUGGACAUACAAUUUGAAACGAUUCUAACCCCUGAUUCUAUUUUUUGUUUUGCCGGAAGCUCACUUAAAAUUAAGGAUUCACAAAUUUUCAUCUGUUUUUCUUUAAUCUUUGCUAGACUAUUAAUUUGGAGCCAUUAUGUAAUGUAUCUGUGUCAUAGGUAAUUAAAUCAUGGUCUUACCAGAACAGCCUCAUA